AUUUCUCGAAAAUGGAUAGUUCUGAAAAUAGUGAAGAACAUUACAACGAUCUGGACUCUGAGGAUAAAUCUGAUUCAUCAGAUUUCCUCUCCUCUGGUGGAAGUUCUAAACUCCGGGAAGAAGAGACCAAGAAACCGGUUAUAGACCCCGUUAUUUCUAGAUACCUUGAAAAAGAAACCACCAAUCCGGAUAAUCCUGCAGAGAAAGAAUGUAAGACCAAGCAUCAGGAAAAUUUAAAUGCUAUUUUUAACUUCGUACAUCCAGCUGAAAAGAAGAAGGCUGAAUAUCAUGACCCUCAGAAUGCUGUGAUAGAGCAACGCAGGGAUGAACAAGAAGUUCCAAUGUACGAGCACGACCCAAUGGAAGACUUCAAGGAAGCACUUGACAAUGAUGAGCAACGAGGAAGUGUCUCCCUUGAUAGCGAUGGAAGUGACGAUGAUCAUAAUGAUGAUCUUCCUCGUAAUAGCACACCAAUGACCAAAGAGAUUAAGAGCCGAAUGGAAUUAGAAGGAAGCUUCUGGCAAAAGCAUAACAAAGAAGGAGUCCAACUCCAGGAUGGUGACACUAGGGAUAUGUACUCUGUUAAGAACCAAGUUAUCAGGAAGGCUGCUGUUCCCAGAAACACUAAAGAAGCUAUGAUUCUAAGAGUUGAUCGUAAAGAAAGAGCUAAGAAGAAAGAAAUUGCUGGCAUGACACUUGAGCAGAAAUAAAAAGGCAUUAAUAGGUUGAGACAUCCGCUUUUCGCCAAAAGAAUGGGCACAAAUAAUAGCAAAUGAUAGAAAAGGAAAGUUAUACGAGAUCAGUCGUAAAAGAAUAAGCGAAUCUUUAAUAAAGGGGAUUCCUGACGAGCUUCGAGGAUAUAUAUGGGUCUUCCUAUGCCAAGCCAAAGUCAAUCGAGAAAAAUAUGGAGAAGACUUUUAUGAUAAGCUUGUUAGUAAAGGACCCUCAGAGAAAGUCCAAAAAGAAAUUGAUAAAGAUGUCAUCAGGACAAAAGGAGCUGUUAUUACUAAAGCUCAACUUGAAAGUUUGACCAACAUCCUCUCUGCUUAUGCAAGGCUUGAUAAUGAACUAGGAUAUGCUCAAGGGAUGAAUUACAUUGUCUACUACUUGUUAGACACUAUUGAAGAUGAGGAACUAUCUUUCUGGUGACUCUAUGAUAUUAUGUUCAAUAAAAAUUGGAGGCUUAUUUUGAAAGAUCAGACACCUAAAUUCUUUGCUGUUGUGAAGAAUUGACGAAGAAUUUUAUAUCAAGAAGAGCCAAAACUGUAUAAAAGAAUGGUUAAAUGAAAGGUUCCAUUUGCUGGGAUAUUUUCACAGUAUUACAUCUCACUGUUUGCCUAUAAGCUUCCAAAAGAGUUGGUUAUAAGAGUUUUAGAUGUUUUCUUAUAUGAAGGUGAGAAGAAAAUUACUCAAAUACUUAUUAAAUUAUUCAAAUACAACAAAAAGUUGCUACUUUCUAUGGAUGAGGAUGAAGUACUAGAGUUUACCAACAACAGAUUAGUUAGCUCAUACCUCGAUCAAGAAUCAAUCACCUCACUUGUGUCAUAAUUCUUCUACAAAUCUCAAUAAA